AUGGCCACCAAGGACCAGCAAAAUGGAACUUCCCCUCCCAAGAAGGGGAUUCAGAAUUCUGGAAUCCUGGGAUUUGAAUGUCUGCAGUUGCUUUCCUGCAAAGUUGAAUCUCUUGAAACCAGCAUGAGGCGUCAGUAUCUGAAGAAGAUCAUUGCCGAAUAUGAAGCUUUGGACAUGGAAAUGCCUUGCAUCCGCAAGUUUCCUCGGCCGCCUGCUGCCCGACCCCUUUGCCUUUGCUUGGAGAACCCGCCUGAAAAGGAGAUGAAGCAUGCUGAAAUCCUAGCGGCCAUAGAAGCUGUCAUUCCCAAUGCCUUUGAAGCAGGCCUCCUACGCAGCAUCCAAUUUGAAAACAUCAAUGUAAUUUGUGGAACUGCUGGGCGGAAGAACAGGUGGCUGAUCACAGUAUCAGAUUUCCGAACUCGGAAUCAGCUCUUGGGUUCUGGAUUAACCUUGGAUGAAAACCAUUUUGUGCUGCGACGCUGGGAUAACCUGGUAAUGGAGGACUACCGCAUGCACCUUCGAAGAUCCUUAGCCCGUCAGCGUCUGCUGGACACGCUCAGUGACUCCUGGGAGGCCAGCCAUUUGGAUGGCAUCUGA